GCAGUGCAUUCAACAAUCAAACAUGUGUUCCAAAUUUAAAAUAUUAAUUAUUUUUUCUUUCAUAACAUUGUGUCGUGCCAGUUACAGGGAACAGUACAGAGUUCCGCACGAAUUCUCUCAGAAUUGGGAGACUUAUAUCUUCAAAGACAAGGAGUAUCUCAUUCAGAACUUACCUGUCAAUUGGGAGAACGCCAAGAUAUUGUGCCAAGGACACCAUAAUGGAAAUUUGGCUACACUGGACACAAAGGAAAAAGCCGAUUUCCUUGCAGAGGCGUUAUCGGAAUCCCAAUUAGAUGUAGACGCAGUGUGGGUGGGCGCACGGCGGGGGUCAAGCGAGGAUCCGGAGGGCUACCGCUGGAGCCGCGGCUCUGAGCUGCGCCGCACCGCCGCCGACAUACUUAAGAACGAAAAGGACGAAAAUGCCGUUAGGCACUACCCUUUGUGGCUGAACCGCACGCACGUGCCUGUGCCGGAGGGCGGCGCUGACUGCGUGGCUUUAGAGCGCGUGCAACACGACAAACCCGUCUUCCUAGACCUCUCCUGUCAGCUGGAGCGACCCUUUGUCUGCGAGAGAGUCGCGAAGCAGGACGUGGCGGUGCAGGAGCUGCGCACGGUGCGCUGCCGCACAGGUCUCUACCACGUGUACGACGGCCGGCUCAACUGGCACCAGGCAGCCGCCUUCUGCGUCGUAAAGAAGAUGUCGUUAGCAAACAUCGGUUCAAUGCGGUGCUUAAGGAAAUUAGGACUGAGCAUGUUGAAGGCUAGACCGAGUAUCGAGAGCGCAUGGGUGGGCGCGAAGGGUAACCUGGGUCAUUGGACGUGGAUCGACUCCGGUCUUAGCAUCUUCCAGAUGACCACCUACACUGACAUGAUGUCCGACAUCUGGCCGCCCAUGAGAGAUAGGUCUACGAUAAAGCAGAGUGGUUGUCUGCAGCUGGACCGGCACACGACCAACGAUCCAGUGUUCCUAGAGGCGCGCUGCGAGCGGAGGAUGCAGUUCAUUUGCUACAAAAGCGUACCCGGUAUGCGACGCCCGAUACCAAUCCCUAGCGAUGACAACUAUUAUUACGUAUUGGUGCGUCAGCUGUACUACUGGCAGCACGCCUACGAGAACUGUCUCAAGCUGAACGGAACGCUCGCCAGUAUUGACAGCAACGAAAUUCUGGUGCAGUUACUCCUCGUCAUGGGGGAAAACAAGGAUGAACCCGUUGAACACAUUUGGAUCUCCGGCCGUCUGAACAUGACAAAGGACCCCAAUUCGGACCUGGUGACGUACGCCUGGCAGAACCCCAUCACCGGCAAGAGGAUCCCAGACUCCAAGAGCGAAGGGGAAGCCUUGUUCGCGUCUUUCAUGCUACCAUGGCUGGACGAGGAGUUCUCCAUGGACAACCCAUGCCUGAACCUGGACCGUCAGGACCAUCUCAACGGUUUGGUCUAUGGCAUGUCCUGUGAUACUCCGCAAUACUCCAUAUGCAUGAUUGAAAAAAACCCUCCAAAGACUGGAUCCAAAGAGAACAUGAUAGAGGGGAAUUAUUCUACCUAACAUUUCACCCCGGUGUUGAUUCUACUUCUGUUGCAGAAUAUACAGACUUUAUAUAACUUUCAAUGAACAUAAUAAAACCAUUCAACAAUAACUCUUGUUUUAAUUUGUUUCCAAUAUUACUACUAGAUUUUUCAAGCCCCAUAAAUAAUCUCUAGUCUCUAUCCAUUUGUGCUUAAAGUUGUUAAAUACAUUAUGCA